CAGCAAAGAACAAGAGCUGAAAUUUGCAGCACAAAAGUCCACUUCCCAAUUCGCAUCGUUGACCAUGAUUUUGCAUCUCGGAACCUUCCUUCAAUCUUCUUAUCAAACUUGGGGUGUACGUUUGAACAAUCCCAGUUCCUGUUCUUGGAGAUUCAAAUCCAGUUACCAAAUCUCUCUCUCUCCACAAAGCUUCUGAAAUUCUUUCUCUUCAACGAUGGCUUCCAUCUAUUCCUGUUCAGAAUGCGGAACAAAUCUCAAUCUCAAUUCCAGUCAUCUCUUCCCGCCGGAUUUCUAUUUCGAGGCCGGAAACAAGGGAACCCUUUCGUUUUCAUUCAUCGACUCCACCAAGUUCCGUCUCGAGAAAGAGGACAAGCUCCGUCCAUUCUUCGAGACUCUCAACUAUUGGGGAAUCCAGCGUAAACGGACCAAGCUCAAGUGCACCUCCUGUGGGCAUCUUGUCGGCUAUAUUUACGAUGAUGGUCCUCCUCUUACCGAUAGUCCAGUGAGUUUCAGAUACUGCAGAGUGACAUGAUCAACAGGAAAGAAACUCAUUGUUGCACCAUAGUCAGGAGACAUUUAGCAACGGUGGCUCUGUCAGCUAAAGAAAGUUCACUCAUGCCUUCUCCAGCAUAAGAAAAUAACAGGUUUCUUUUUUUCCUUUCUCUCUCUCUCUCUCUCUCUCUCUUCUUCUUCUUCCUUUUUUUUUUUUUUUUUUUUUUGGCUUUCUGAUGAAUUAGAAGGACUAAUAAUUCUGAAGAACCAAACCAACGAUGAUUUAAGAAGAUGAAGAUUACCAUAGAACUCAACAAAUUUUCCAACAACCCCAUGUUUUCUGAGCAUUUGAGUUACAGUCAAGACCAAGUCAGUGGCCGUCACACCAUCUCUCAGUUUUCCUUUCAACUUGAAUCCAACUACCCUAGCCAAGACCAUGCUCAUGGGCUGCACAAGUAAUAGCUUAAGAUCUAAAUUUCUUUCUUUACAGUUUGUUCGGUUCGUUAUCUCGGAACGUAGAAAAAAGAAUUAUGAUUGUAUGAGAUCUUAUUUAUUUAUUUAUUUUUAGGGGUGGAUUGAAGUAUUUGCUCACAA